AUGUUGUAUCUGGUUUUUGUAUUCUUGACGUUGUGCCGCAUCAUAACUUCAGAUAUGACCACUGAAGAGGUCCAAUUCCUUAAUGAGUUGACCAUAGACAAGUUGUUACAAUUAAAGAAUUCGCUGAAGGACUUUUCUACUGAAUAUAAUAAUGCUACUAUUAUUACGCCAGUCUAUAAGGAAAGUUUUGGUGCUCAGGCUAUGGCUUUUAAAGCGCCACUUAUAAAAAGAAUAGACCAUGAAGGUCUUUACAAAAAAGGCGGAUACAAUACAAAAAUCAAUAACCUUUUUUCGAUGUCAGUGACUACGCUAGCUUUUUUAGCUUUUGGUGGAUAUUUAUUAUGUUUAAUUGUGCAAGCUGUAAAAUCGAAACAAAAUACAGUAGUCACAACCCCGACGCCGACAAUAUUCUUUAACUCUGGUAUUAAGAGACCUCAAACAAAUUUUAAUUCAUAUGGACGGCGGAAGAGAGGAAAACGAGGAUUACAGGAAAUAGACGUCCCACCGGAAGAGUUGUUCACAGCCCUCUUAAAAUUUUGCGAAGGCUACGCUAAAUGGAGCAAAGGUCAUGAAAACAUUAAUUAA